GCCACUGCUAGAGUUACUGUUGCUCGUUUGCGCAAAUAAAUAUGAUGAAACCGGUCCCUUAUCCCCUUACCGAUGGAGAUUAUUUCCGACAGCACGUGAAGGCAUCGUGGCGCACGUCCCCGGUAAACGUCGUCACAACAGCGAUGUGUCAUUUCACCAGAUAAAUUAUAGACCGUGAAAUUCCGUUCCGUCUCCCAUGUUGUUACCGAGCCAGGAUAAUGAUGGAGAAUGACCGUUAGUCCGAAUAUUCUAGUAGCUUUACACUGGUGAAAACAACUCGUGUAUAAAUUGCGGUCGCUUGGUUUACAUUUAGGAUCAGGAUGGUCUUUCCAACGGGCAACGUGUCCUUCGCCGCGGUGACUCUGGCUUUGCUCGCCAUCGUCCUCAGCACUUCUCAGGUCAGCGGGAAUGAGGACUGUUUAUGGUAUGUGGACAAAAACGGCACCUGGCAUAACGGCUUCGACUGCCCUCUCAUCACCUUCUGCUGUGGGAACUGCCACCGGCGCUACUGCUGCCUGGACACCUUCAAGAUGAUCACAGAGCGGGAGCAGAAACGCUGCAUGCUCUUCCAGUUCAGCCCUACCACUUUAGCUGGCAUUGCCUCCUCCAUCCUCCUGUUUGUGGCCAUCAUUGCCACCAUGGUGUGCUGCUUCAUGUGCUCCUGCUGCUACCUCUACCAGAGACGACAACAAAGGGGCAGGACACCAUAUGAUGCCCAGCAGAUCCCUAUGGCCAGCUACCCAGUGGAGCCCAUGUACGAUGCUUAUGGGAAACCACUGGGACCCUCUGAGUAUCCACAUGCAGGUUAUCCGAUGGCACCCCAGUAUGUUGGCAUGCCACCGCAGUAUCCCAUGGUGCAGCCAGGACCCUACCCACCACACCCGGUGGACUCGGCAUACAGCCAGGCCCCACCACCUUACACUCCACCUCAGUAUCCUGGUCAUUGAUGGGCUCAUCCACACAAACAAUGGGGAGCAGCAGCUACUGAGAGAAAUGACUGUUUCAAAAGGAGAAGGCAGCAACACUCUCUCACACACUAAAAACACAGACACACUCAAAUACAUGCAGUUUGACUAGCACUGCUUUGCCUGUGAAUGAAAACAGGAGGCACUUUAAGUUUUUUUUUUUGUUGUUGCUGUUGUUUAUUUACAACUUGUCCUAAUUUUCUGCAGAGUUUACAUGAAUCAGUUUCUGUUGUGCAACCUUGACCCGUGAUCGCUGUGGGCGGGUUUGAAGGGAGUUGUGAGGCCAGUGUCUCGACCUUGUGCUGCCACCUCUGUGCUCUGACACACUCAUCUCAGCGGCAGGGUGUCACCUAAAGACAGGGCUGUUUUACCCUAGGCGUCUGAAAGGAUUCACAAAAAAAGAUAAUGCACUCCCUCUUAAUAAACCUAAAAAUACUUUACUUUUGUUAAAGUUUAGUAAAUCAGUAACUGCCUAAGGUGACAUUCUAGGUCAUCUCAGUCACUGAUUCAUGUUAUCCACAUCUUUACACCUGUAUUUGAUGUUUUCUUUUGUAAUGCAGUAGAGGCUAAUGUGAAAAAGAAAGCUGGAAAUAAGGAUUGCAUGAUUUAUUUAAGAAGCGACAUGUUUGGAUGAUAGGCAGUGUGACCCUCUCAAAUUUUCUCAGAUGGCCUCAUGGAUUUUAUGGCAGUCCUGAUUGUCUGUAAGAAGCCUGUAGUCACUGGUUCAUUUCAACUUUAUCUUAACUUUUAUCUCUUCUUUUCGUGUCUGACUUGACUAAUUAUUUCAUGGUAGUACAUUAGCUGCACCGUUCUAACGUAACAUCUCUUACGUCAGCAUGCUACCCAGUCAGUUCUCAGUCUUUAGGUGAAUCCCAUAAUACCAGGUAGGAUGUUUUACAGUGAUAUUCAUGUUAAAUGUUUAUUUCUUGUAAUGUAUGGGGUCAGGGGGAGUGGCAGUUUAUGCUGCUUCAUUUAAACAACGCAUCCCACCUUACUGUAAUUAACCAUGAAAAAAAAGUAUUUAAAUAUUUUGUAAAUAUGUUCUUCAGCUGAAUAUUUUAUUUUAUUGUAAUAAGUU